AUGACAGAUUAUAGGAAUUUAGCCUGUUAAUAAAUACUUGCCGUUUAAGUUACAAAUUCAUAAUAGAAAGAAGAUUGCAUAAACAAACUUUAAUUAUAAAAGCUUAAAUUUAUUCACAAUUUCUCUAAUUCAUCUAAAUAACAGAUACAAGAAAUUGCUGAUCAAUUAAGCAGUUCAAAAAGUUUGGAAUAAUUUAAUUAGACUUAAGACACAGAACAUCAAAUAUUUAUUGAAAAAUCAUAGAGACUUUUAAGAGAAUUUAUUUAAUUGGACUAAAUCAGAAGUAAAAAUUUAAGAGAAUCAAAUAAUACUGGUUUUUCUCAAUUAAAAAUUUCAAAGAAGCAUAAAAAGUGUCUUGUUCUAUUAUUUUUGGUAAUCAUUUUGAGUUGUGUGGCUUUCAUAUGUUUUUAAUUAUUAAGUUAAACAGAAAGAGAGAUAAAAGAAACAGAAAGAGAUAUACAUAUAAAAACGAGAAAUUAAAAUAAAAAAGAGUAGGUUCUAGGCUAUUGCAUUUAACAAAGAGGGAUCAAUUAUGAUUAUUGA